AUAAUAUCCUCAAUCUAAAAAGAUUCAAUAGACCCCAUUUAUUACAGUCGCUAUAUAUAGAACACCUUACAGAGUAUUUGCUGACUGGGCGGAGAUAUAGGGCUGCAUUCUCCAGCCGUGUGCAGAUGUCGACAUCUCGCCAACUGCAGAAAAAUAUGGAGAGGGAGAGAGAGUCCGUAAGCAGGCGUGUCCAGUGAUCGGUUGAAUGACUUGGAUCAGAAUGAGUGCAGAUAAAGGGUUAAACAUGGCGCAGGACCCUGUUCGCUGCAGUCUGUGUCCCGAAGUUGUCGUAAUUCACUGCGGAAGUUGUCAAGUUAACCUCUGUGCUCAGUGUUUGAGCACCCAUAUAGACAGAAAUAAAUCAUUGAGGCAUGAAAUUGUACCCUACACAUCACAACUUGUCAAACCAGAGGCAGAGAUAGAGAAAUGUCAGGAUCACCCCAAACAGCAAUGUGACCUCUUCUGUCAGGACUGUAGCGUCCCAAUCUGCUCACGGUGUCUGACGGGAAACCAUAAACGACACGGGGCAGUGGAUCUAGAGGAAAUCUGUGAAACAACUCGGAGCACCGUCAAGGAGGACUUGGAAGAACUGAGGAAGUUCAGAAAGGAAUAUGAGAAAGUUGUUGGGGAAUCAAAGGAGGAGCUAGCCAAGUAUAUAGAGGAGAGUGACAAAGAGAGAGACUCCUUGAAGGAACUGGGGAAACAAUGGCAUCAAAUGAUUGACAAAGUUAUAGAUAAGGUGGGAAAAGAUAUGGAUGAAAUCAUCCAAAGUGACACCAAAUGCUUGCAGGACAACACUGACGAAAUUCAGUCAGCCUUACAGGAUGUGAAGGAUUCAAUUAAAGCCAACGAGGACAUCUUACAAGAUGACAGGUUCACACGGCUGCUUUCUUACGCCUCAAAGAAUGAUGCUUUUAGAAUAAUCCCAAGCAGACCAGCAAUCAAAACAGCCAAAAUAGUCCCAGUGAAUGUGAAAGAGGGAGAUAUCAUUCCAAAACUUAUUCAUUUUCAAAGAUCCAUUCGUACAAAACUGCCUGGGUAUUCAUUGAAUAGAACUGGAAAUGUUUCUUCAAUAUCCACAAAGUCACUUCUACCAGAGCCAGAACUGAUAGCUACUGUAAAGACCAACUGUAAACAGUUGAAGGGGAUCUGCCACAACGAGGAUGAUAGAGUUUGGAUUUAUGGAACAGAUGAAAUUUUGAGGGAAGUGGACAUAACUGGCACUGUCCAGAAUUGCAUAACAGCAAUCUCUAAAAACAGCCAAAAAGAUAUUGCGAAAAACAAGAUGGGUGAAAUUGUUUAUUCUCAUUUGUCUGAUGAGUGUGUGAAUAUAGUUAGAGAGGGUAAAAUCUCAAAGCUUUUAGAUCUGUCGGGAUGGAUUCCAUUUGGUGUCACUUUCAAUGCAGACGAUGAUCUCAUGGUUUGCAUGAGAAGGGAAGAUUACCAAGAAAGCAAGGUAGGAAUUUUUUCCCAAGGAAAGCUGAAGAAAGAAAUCCAAUUUGAUGAAACAGGUAAACCCCUCUUCUCAGCAAGCCGCAACAACAUGUACAUCAAAGAAAAUGCCAACAAGGACAUUUGUGUUUCAGACUGGAACGCAUGUGCUGUCAUUGUGCUGAAAAGUUCCGGAGAGCUCCGAUUUCGUUACACAGGAAAUCUGAGUCGAAGUUUUAAACAGUUCUACCCCCACGGAAUUGUCACAGACAACUACUGUAGGAUUCUAGUCGUGGACAGGAAGAAUGAUUGUCUCCAUGUGAUUGACCGUAACGGGAAGUUCCUGACCUACAUCACAUGUAGCCUGCAGGAUCCGUACGUGCUGAGCAUGGACCCCGAUGAGAAUGUGUGGGUGGGAGAGUAUGAUACAGGCUGUGUCAAGGUCAUUAGGUACCUGGAAUGUUGACAGCGAUGACUAUCACUAAACAGAGAGGUUGUCAUGGAGACGCUGACAUUUAUUAGGGGGUAUCCCCGGCAUUGAUUGUUUCAAGUACUAGCUUAACCAAUAAACCAAUGAAUAGAACUUAAAAUUAAUUUAACCCAUUUGUUCAAGUUUGAAUUGCCAGACUGUAGUAAUUUUAAUUGCUGAAUUUGAAUUUUCAACAUUGAUAGCUCUGCUAUAUAUACCAAUAAAUUGUAUUCCAAAUCAA